UGAAAGCCCAACGGUUUCAAAUAAGGAGAAGCAUCCGCAGGAGAGGACUAAAAACAGGAGCCCCCUCAGGAAACAAAAUGAGGAAGGAGAAGUGGGAGUACGCCGAGGCAAGGUAGAAAUCUUCAUGAGUCAGGAUAAAGCCAAGAAAGUAAAACGUAGCCGGAAACAGAUGCGACACAUCCAUUCCCUGAGAAUGAAGCUUCCAUAACAUCCCAGCAGCCUGGUCCGCCAGGGCAGCCUGGGAGCAGAGCAGCGGUACAAUGGAAAUCCUUAAACUAGACGCACCAGAGAGACGGGGGCCAUGCACUGAAUAUGGGGAAAGCACUGAUCAGAUGGUAGAUCUGGCAGCCCAACGGAGAGCCCAGCAUGGCAAGCAUGAUGGAGAUGAGAAAAGUACCAUGCAGCCGGGAGAGAGAGCACGUGAGUCUGUCAAAUGUGGGAAAUGCUUUGUCAAGAAGGGGAAUCUCACAGCCCGUCAGAGAUCUCACAGGAGACAGGGCCCUGAGGAAGCCAGUGAGUGUGAGGGAAAUCCAGCAGCAACAGGAGAUCUCACAGCCCAUCAGAGACCUCUCAGGAGACAAGGCCCACAGGAACCCAAUGAGUGUGAGGGAAAUCUGACAGGAGAUCUCGUAAGACACAAGACAAGCACCACAAAAGCAGAACCAUCCCUUGGCGUGGAAGUUGAGGAAAGCCACCAGGGAGCGCUCUGCACCCCAAGGGGAGGCCUGAGGAGAAAGCGGACUCACACGUGCUCUGAAUGUGGGAAGAAGUUCAGCAAGAAAGGUAACCUCACCAAGCAUCAGCGCACCCACCGGGACGAGCAGCUGUUCAAGUGCAACCAGUGCCAGAAGAGUUUCUUUGUGAGGUCCCAGCUCUCUCAGCAUGAGAGGAUCCACACGGGGGAGCGGCCGUACAAGUGCACCGAGUGUGGCAAGCGCUUCACCCAGAAGUCCAACAUCAUCAUCCACCAGAGGAUCCACACGGGGGAGCGGCCCUUUAAAUGCGCUGACUGUGGGAAGAGCUUCAUCGACAAGUCGCAGCUCAUCACGCACCGUCGGACCCACACGGGGGAGCGACCCUUCGCAUGCAGCGAGUGUGGGAAGGGGUUCCGGCAGAAGAUCACCCUGAUCACGCACCAGAGAAUCCACACCAGGGAGGAGCCCUACACCUGUCCUCAGUGCAGCAAGAGCUUCAGCCAGAAGGCCAACCUCAUGAGGCACCAGCUGAUCCACACACGGGAGGGGCCAUACAUAUGCACCGAGUGCGGGGAGAGCUACAGUGCCAUCAGGCACCUGAAGAGACACCAGUUGAGCCACGCCGGGGAAAGGCCCCACGUGUGCACCAAAUGUGGGAAGAACUUCACCCGCAAAUCAAGCCUCAACAGGCACCAAGAGAUCCAUGCCAAUGACAGGCCAUAUGCAGUGGUGGCAGCAGAAAACCUCACCAUAGUCUAUGAGAUAAUGCAGGUCCCCCUCUAGCAGUAGGAGUGGGGUGGGGGAUGUUGAGUUGCAGUGAAAAUUUGCUCCGUGUCACCUGUAGGAGGUGCUCAGAAGCUCCCUGGAGGCUGCUUUCUCUCUUCAGUUGCAAUGGAGUCUAAAAUACCUGAAAAUCUAGCAGAGGACAAAGAGCAUGGGCUGGGUCCUUGCCGCUGUUUUAAUUUGUGUUUAUCUUGCACGGUAAUAAAUAAUCAGUCUGUGCAUUGCUUUUGGAGGGAGAGUUAGAGGAGAAGGAGGUAAGAGAAGCACUGUCCCUCCCUCUGAAGGAAUCAAGAUGACCCUCUGCAGUCUGUAGAAAACACGUUGGUCCCUAGACACCAUGGCUGCAUGAGACACAAAGAUGGGGGUCAGGCCUGGGGUGACUAAAUAUUCAGCCUCAUGCCAUGGCUCCUACCCAGAGUUACAGUCUGAGCACACAGCCUCUUCUCUGCAUUGGCAGAAAGGUUCUUGAGCACUUUCCCACCAAGGCUUCCUUGGUGGAGGAAGGAGGGUGUCUUUGUUUAAUAUAUCGUGUUAGCUUCUGGGCUCACGUAGCUGGUUUUCUCUUGCCGUCCUUGUUCUUGCUCUCAUUUCCCACAUCGCCCACACCUGCCCCAAACCCUAUUGUUCAGGCCACUCUCCAGAUGUGUCUGAAAAUAGCCCUCCUUCAUACAGCUCCCCAGUGGAUGUCCAGGCCUCAUUAGCGUGUGCUGUCUGCUGAUUGACAUAUGCUAAUAUGCGCCUAGUGGAUGUUUCUGCUUAGCCCUGAGCACCCAAGAAAUUUGCAUGGGCCCUUCUGAAAACCCCACAGAGCACUGGGUACAAGGCAGGUCCAAAACCCACCUUAAGAAAUCCCUUAAUCACCCUAAAUCCUACCGGAGUCCCUUGGAUGGGGCCCCAAAUGGCUAUUGGCAACUGCCCUGGCUUUUGAAAAUUGUCCAGUGCUCCUUAGCAAGAAAGCUGGGAUUGGAACUCUGCAACUGGUAGCAUGAAUUAGAUGGGGAUUGGUCCUGCUUUGAGCAGGGGGUUGGACUAGACACCUCCUGAGGUCCCUUCCAACCCUGAGAUUUCACUAGUCCUCACUGUAGUGCCAGUUAGAGCCAGUUAUCACUAAAGCUGUCCUCUCUUUGCAUUAAAAUGCCUUGCUUGCAGGUCGCACAAGAUCAGCGAUUUGGCUUCCAUGCACUGAUUUAGGAACCAAAAUGUUGUUAGGGUAGCUGAGAGAGACUGAUGGUCACACAGCGAUUUUCCAGCUGAUCCUUCCAUCAGGUUACACUGUAUGCUUCCAUUCCUUUUGGCAACCCUUAAACCUCUCCCACAGCCAGCUUUGUGCAAACCUCUGCUCGUGCAACUCCACUUGCAAAAGAAAGGGGCUUUUCUAAUAAACAUUCCCAGGUUACUGU